AUGGAGGAGUUAAAAAGGGAGGUAAAAAGGGAUGCGAUAAAGAAGGAUAGACGGUUGUUGAAGAGUUUCAGGGAGAGGUACCCUAAGCGGCCAUUUUGUUGGAUUGCAUCUGCGAGGUUGGAGGAGCAGGCUGAGGAAAUGGAGGCAGCGUGGCAAUUGAUUCAGAAAGGAUGUGAGGAGUGCCCUAAUAGCGAGGAUGUGUGGUUGGAGGCGUGUAGGAUUGCGAUUGCGGCUGCGAGGAGCAGCCCCAAUCCCAAUGAAGCAGGUAAGGCUGUGAUUGCCCAUGGAUUGAAGUUGAUACCCAAUUCGGUGAAGUUGUGGUUGGAGGCUGCAAAUUUGGAGCAUGAUAACUCGAAUAAGAGCAGGGUUUUCAAUCAAGGGUUGGAACACAUUCCUGAUUCCGUUCUGCUGUGGAAGGCGGUGGUUGAGCUCGCCACUGCGGCGAAAUCGAAUGAGGAGGACAAUGCAAAUAAUUUGAAUGGGCUGACUAGUGCUCGUGCAGUCCUCACACUAGCCAGGAACAAAAAUCCUCACAACCCUCAACUGUGGCUUGCUGCAACUCGAACUGAAUUGAGGCAUGGUAAUAACAAGGAAGCUGAUAUUUUGAUGGCGAAGGCUUUGCACGAGUGUCCCAAUAGUGGUAUCUUGUGGGCAGCAUAUAUUGAGAGUAUGAUACUCCUACCCCCUUCUCAAUGGAUGGCCAAGAUUAUGGAUGCCCUCAUGAAAUGUGAUUACGAUCCCCAUGUCAUUGCUGCUGUGGCCAAGUUAUUCUGGCAUCACUGUAAGGUUGAGAGAGCUAGGACUUGGCUCGACAGGGCCGUCACAAUUGCCCCAGAUAUUGGGGAUUUCUGGGCUUUAUACUUCCAAUUUGAACUUCAGCAUGGGACUGAUGAGAACCAGAAGGAUGUUUUGAGAAGAUGCAUUGCUUCACAACCAAAGCAUGGUGAAAAAUGGCAACCUAUUUUCAAGGCCCUGCACAACUCUCACCAACCGACUGAAGCUAUUUUGCAUCAAGUGGUGGCUGUACUCGCCAAGGAAGAGAGCUCGCAGCAGGCAAGGCAGGCGCCCCAAACUGAUAGACUCUAG